AUGGCGGUCGAUUACUACAAUGUGCUGAAGGUGAGUCGAAACGCGAACGAAGAUGAUCUGAAGAAGUCUUACCGGAGAAUGGCGAUGAAAUGGCACCCUGACAAAAACCCAACGAGCAAGAAAGAAGCCGAGGCUAAGUUCAAGCAGAUCUCCGAAGCAUACGACGUCCUCAGCGAUCCUCAGAGACGCCAGAUCUACGAUCAGUACGGCGAAGAAGGACUCAAGUCCGACGAUUUUCCUACCGCGGCGGAGACGGCGGCUCAGCAGAGGAGUUACUCGUCCAGAAACUCGGAGUUUCGGUACUAUCCGCGCGACGCCGAGGAUAUCUUCGCAGAGUUUUUCGGCGCAUCGGGGGAUUCCUUCGGCGGAGGGAGCAGCGGACGGACACCUGGAGAUGCCGGCGCCGGGAGGAGGUUUAAAAGUGCUGAAGCAGGAAGCCAGACGAACAAAAAGACGCCGCCGCCGCCGGCGAAUAGGAAGGCUCCGGCGAUCGAGAGCAAACUGGCUUGCACGCUGGAGGAGCUGUACAAAGGUGCGAGGAAGAAGAUGCGAAUCUCUCGCCUUGUUCCCGAUGAUUCUGGAAACCCAAAGACGGUGCAAGAGAUAUUGAAGAUAGACUUGAAACCAGGAUGGAAGAAAGGCACGAAGAUAACAUUCCUAGAGAAAGGCAACCACGAGCCAGGUGUCACUCCUGCAGAUCUCAUCUUCGUGGUGGACGAGAAACCGCAUUCGGUGUACACAAGAGACGGCAACGAUCUGAUUGUGGAGAAGAAAGUCUCUCUUAUUGACGCUUUAACCGGUCUCACCUUUACCGUAACAACUCUUGACGGGAGGAGCCUAACGAUCCCGGUUCUGGAUAUUGUGAAACCGGGUCAGGAGAUUGUGAUCCCGAACGAAGGAAUGCCGACUAAGGACCCUUUGAAAAGAGGAGAGCUUAGAGUCAAGUUUGAGAUCUUGUUCCCGUCGAGGCUAUCAUCAGAGCAGAAGAAUGACCUCAAGAGAGUUCUUGGUUGA